GAUGCUUACUAAGGUAUCUCCACAAGACACCAAUCAUCCCAAGAUGGUCAAUCAACAAGCGAGACCAUCACCCGCAACGUCCCGGCGAAACCAAAGAUGCAGCAAGAGAAGUGCACCAAAGGAGUCUCAGAGGUAAGGUGUAAAGACCUUUCGGUGGAUUCUCACGAGCGUCGAGGUGUACUGUGAUAAGCCUGCAUAAACACCAACGUAGAAUCAGCAACGAUGUAAGAUCGCACGGCCGUGACAACAACCGAUGCAGACGAGGCAAACCUUCCGUAGGAAUCGCCACAGAGACAGUUUCCGACGGUGGUGUGAUGGCCCCUCCCGACAUGCCAUUUAUAAACAAGCGGACCGCUCCAUCAAGAAGCCAAGACCCCUCUCCGCUAGGGGCAUCCCGCUCACGCACCGUGAUGGAAAAAGGAGAAGGAAGUCGAGGACUGACAAAGCGUCCCGCCACCCACACGUCCCCGCUCCGGCGCAGGAACAGCAAAAAGAGGCAAGUCCACGCCAUGAACAAAGCCCUCCGGCCCGAACAGCAGCGAACCACCAUACUUGGCACGAUUCCACCGCGAGGCAACGUCCCUACCGUAAUCGCGCGGAUCCCCGCCCCUGCCGGCAACCUGGACCAGCUCCGCCCUCCAUCCCCGGAGAUCCAAAUCCAUGGCCAGCAACAGACUCCUCCCGGGAGCGAGAAUACAACAGAAGACCCCUCCGGAAACGCUCGGGACCCAGCGAUGCGGAAGCGGCCGACAUGGCAACGAGCCGGGUCCACCAGAAACACUUCCCGGUAUUUCAGCCCGAAAGAAAAUACCAAAGGCACAGCAAAGAAGUCGACGACUGACGCGGCCACGUCGCGAGAGAGAAAGACGGGGAGCGUCCGCCAGACGCAAGAGGACAGACUCCUCCUGAUAUACUUCCUCCCCAGAAGAGAGUGCACGGUCCCCGGCGACAAGAGAAGUGCCAAGAGAAAAGAGACCUUCUAG